GGAAGUAGACGAAGUAGAAAUUGUAGUGUUUUUUAUGUGAAUGUAAACACAAUAAAACAAUGCCAUCUAAUUUUUCUAUUAAUAAAAAGGUAUUUUAGUCACGUUUGUGUUGCCAGCCCCAGGACAUGGCGCUUGUCACCGUUCAACGCUCGCCAAGCCCGAGUGGCAGUGCUGAAACAGACGAGCUAGAUGAACUAGACACUACAGACAGCAAUGUGCGGUCUCCUCGACAGCGCAGGAGAAGCUCUAGAGCUGCGUUGAAAAAGCUGAGGAAGCUUUUCAACACUGUUCGCUUUGUUUCUAAGUUAACACCAUGUUUCAGUGAAAGCUACUUCACAGUGAAGGGGGCAGCGUUGAUCCUGCCACAGAGUGAUGAGACAGUCUACACACGCCGUAACAGUCGCAGCCAUGCUGGUGAUGACAUACAAAGCCAUCUACAGGCCAUGUUCAGUCUGCUGCGUCCAUCAGACACAAUCAAAGUGGCAGUGAAGCUGGAGGGAACGCACACUCGCUACCUGGUGGUGGUGGCGUGCUGUGGUUGCCAUGACACUGAGGAGUCUGUGCUGCUGGGUAUUGACAUCCUGGAGAGGGCUUCCAUCGGGCUCAUCAUGCCAGUCUGGGCCCAUACUGAGAUAGAGCUGGAUGGAGACGGAGGUUUCAGUAUCAAGUGUGACAAGAACGUACACACCUUUAAGCCGGUCUCCGUACAAGCCAUGUGGUCAGCGUUGCAGAGCCUCAACAAGGUGGUGCGUGUUGCCAAGGACAAGCUGUACAUUCCCCGAGGCCUCACCCACACGUGGGUCGGCUACUAUGAGGCACGUGUAUGCAAGGAGGCAUAUCUCAUAGCGGAAUGGAAUGCUACAGCUGACAGAGAUAUAUCAUACAGAACUGACAAACGCAUGCUGGCAGAAAACGCAGGAAAACUGUUACGUAGAUCACAGAGUACGCCUGUCAAAAGAGAGGAGGACAUCUACAAGGCUAUACGACACGAACUCAAGAACAUCAUGAUGACUGUGGACCUGGAGGACGUAACAUGCAUAUUUCUGCGCAAGUCCAUAGAGAAGGUUAUGGGUCGCGACCUGAAGGGCUACAAGAGCUUCAUAGACACCCAGAUGAUGGAGAUCCUGGGUCAGAUGGACGCCCCCUCACGCAUCCUGGACUACCUCUAUCUGGGCUCUGAAUGGAACGCCUCCAAUCUGGAGGAACUGCAGCAUAACGGAGUGCAGCACAUCUUGAACAUCAGCCGUGAGAUAGAUAACUUCUUCCCUGGCAUCCUGUACUACAUGAACGUGCGAGAGUGGGACGUAGAUGAAUCCCCUCUGAUGAAGUACUGGGAAAGUACACACAGCUUCAUCAACAAGGCCAGAGACCAUGGAGGGAAGACGCUUGUCCACUGUAAAAUGGGCAUCAGCAGAUCUGCUUCAACUGUAAUAGCCUACCUGAUGAAGGAGAAGAAAUGGAGCCUUAAGGAGGCGUUCGACUACACCAAGUCCAAACGCAGUAUCGUCAACCCCAACAAUGGCUUCAUGGAGCAACUAGAAAUGUAUCAGGGAAUACUCAAUGCCAACUGGAAUCGUGAGCGAGUGUGGGAGCGUCAUGGCAAUGAGAAAUCCUUGCCCAAGCAGGUGGCUGAUGCAGACGAUAUUCCGGCAGUCGAUUGUUAUCAGCAGCCUGAGGACUUCCUGGCCAUGAAACUCGGACCUGUGGAGGGGCUACAGGAUCCAUUUUUGCACACUGAGAACGACAUUGAGAUUGCCUCUCGUAGUGCGGACUCCACCGAGGACUCCCUGGACCAGCUUUCUCCUGAGGGCAUCCAGUCAGCUGACAAGUUCAAACAGUUCACGUCAGAUAAGGACAAGGGAGAUAGCAGUGAUGGAAUGAGCUCUGACUCUUUCAAUGAAACUGACAGUGAGAAUCUCUCCUUUGAUGAGGGAGAAGACUUGGAGGGAGGUAACUCCUCGUAUAUUGGAGCAGACGGCCGACCAGAACUUUUCAUUCCCAUCAAUCCGGCAAUCAGAGUGGAGACAAGGCAGAUGAAAGGGAACAAUCGCAGGUGCAAGUCUGAAGGGGAUAAAGCGCUGCUUAAUUUGCCUGAAAAUGCAUCAGCAUUCUCAAGGGAGGGGUCAGUGUUAAAGUUUAAACCUGAUGGAAGCUGGAUUAAACCACCCAGUGAAGAUAAUAUGGUGAACAAUGAAGAUAUUGGUGAUGGGAAUGAGAAAAUAUUAGGGACAGUUGAAAAAGAGCCUAUUCCUGAUGCUGAUACAAUUGAAGGGCUUUGGAUGGAUGAUAGUCACAUACCUAAGUGGGAUGUGUCUGAAAAUAAACCAGAUAUGGAGAGCGUUGGGCUGCAACAGGCAAGGCAAGUAGACUUGAAAGUGGAGGGAACUUUGCCAUCUCCUUAUAGUAAAGAGAAUAUUUCCUGGUACCAGGGCACUGUGCUGAAACAGAAACAAGACAUAGAAGAGAAGUAUGGUGCUGCAGGUAAAGAAGUAGCUCUAAAAGAAAAGACAAAUGAAAAUACUCAGGAAUCUGUUAAUACUGCUGUUUGUGCAUUGGAGGUUAAAGAUGAUGAGAAAAAGGUAGAAAAAGACAUAAUCGGUGAUCAAUCGCACCGGAAUGAGGCGACAGAAGUGUGCAAAAUUGCAGGCAAUACAGAGAUAGAAACACGGAUGUCUGUGUACGAGGCAGAGGACAUAGAGUUUCCAGAAGGCAUUGUGAGGAAGACUAAACUGGAGAUUGAGGAAAAACACAGAUUAUCUUUAGAAACUCCUAGAACCAGGUUGAAAAGAUCGUCAAGUUUAAAAUCAAAGCGUGUCACUCCAAAAUCCAAAGAUCGUGAGAACGAAAGACGAAAGACUUGCAUUGCUAUGCUGUCACCCACCCACCCUGAUAAUACUGACACAGAAUGGUUGAGUCCAAGGGGGAAUGAUACAUCUGGUCUGCUCACCCCCGAUAUCUGCACCAGUCCAUUGUGGACCGCUGGUAAACCAGUCAGUGUGAGUCAGAGCGAGGUUAGUGCCACAGGAAGUGAACCAGUCCAUAUCAGACAGGGAGAGGUCCCAUCUCCCACUGGCUCCGAGUCUGUGAAGGUCUAUAAGUUCAUGGGCGAGGAGCUUACUGUACAGGAGGGUCUGGUGAAGAAACAAACCUUGGACAUUGAGAGCAAAUCCAAUGACAUCCAUUUUCGCAAUCCUACAAAAUCUGAGAGCAGUCCUGGGCGUAAUAAGUCCUUGCUGAAGUCAGAAAGUGUUCCCAACUUCCAGCUUACAAAACCUUCCACCAAUCAAAAGCAAACCGAGUGUAACCCUUCAAACAGAAGCUCACCUGAUACUAUAAGAAAGACUAUCCCAGAAACUCCUGUCAUAUCUGCUGAGACAUUAGAAACCCCGGGAGUUACUUCCACAGCUAUUACUAAAACAUUGAUUGCAAAAAGAGACUCAACAAGUGGACUUCAAUCUAUUAGUUCUUCUCCGCCCAGAAGCUUAUUUCCACUUGAAGCAAAACAGUCGGCAUUUAGUCCAAAAUCAUGCUUUGAUCCUCAGACUUUGAAACUUAUCAGAGAAAUUGGGUCUGCUCUUCUGAAUAGCCCUGCUAAAACAGAGAUGGUGGAAGACAAAGAUGUAGACUUAGUAGCGGGUGAGAGCCUUGUUCAUCAUUAUGUCAGAAAGAUUGAGGGCAGUUUAAAUGUGGGUAGAAAAAGUGCAAGACGAGAAAUAAUCAUAAUAGACAAGGAUGAAUCUAAUAGUGAUGCUAAAAAAUAUCAGCCUUUCAGUCCAGCCAUUAGUUCUGGUUCAAAAUCUGAACUUGAUGUGAAGGCUUCCUCUAAGUGGAGCCCUGUUGCAAUAAAGCAGAGUGCGUCUAGUAUGUCCAGUGAGACCAAUGUAGGAAUAAAUGGCAGUGCUAACAAUAGAAAUCAGUCCACAUCUAGUGCCAAAGAGAACCUAGUAUCAUCAUGUGAUUCUACACCAAAGGUUUCUGACACAAAACUGAAUAAAGCAGACUUAGAUUUGAAUUUAAAAACUAACGCAAGUGUAACACCAGCAUUUACUGAAGAAGGCAUUAAACCCACUGAUACAUGUUCAGUAAAGAAUCUUGUUGGAAAAUUUGAACAGCCACCAGAGCAGAUUUCAGGAAAAACAACUCUGGUCACAGGAACAGUGACUGUUCUGAGUCCAUCUGUGGUUAUCCCCAUUCUUCCAGUGACCAAGCCAGAUAUCCAGACCACCAACAGUGUGUCACAAUCAGCUGUAACCACACCAUCACCUGAAGACGGUCACAAAUUGUUGCAUCGACACUCAGAACCGGUGAUACAUCUCAGCGAUUCAUCAUUAUUUAAAAUGUUUGAAGCAAAACUGCUCAAUAAGGGUGAACUUGAUACUUUCACUGUACAGGAGGAAGGGGAGAGUGGAGACAACAGCAAUGCAAGUGAUUUUUCUUCUCAACAUUCCGGCACUAGACCAAAAUCGGCCAGUGACUCGUGCAAACGGGGUCACAGAUCCCUGGGGUCAGCAACUGGGCGUGGAUUCUUAGAAAAGUCCAGAUCUCUGACAGAAUCUGCUGGAAAGGAACCAGAUUCACAGUUUACAUGGGGCGGGAAGAAAGUUCGCAAAUCCUAUGGAAAAUCUCAUCCGCUGGCCAAACUUGAGAAUGUUGCUCGGCAAAGCAUGGAAAUACGCAAUAAUCCUUUUUAUAGCUCGAUGUGAUAAAAGCCUAAUUAGAUCUUGUCUGUGUUUGUUAAUAAAACCCUGAUGUCUCUUUUUUUACAUGUCUUCUUUGUCAAACUUAUUAUUUUAGCUGUUUAAAAAUGAUGUCAUUAGAAUUUGAAUAGAAAAUAAUAACAUAAAAUAAAAACUAUAUAUUGGAUGAAUAUCUUAUGUUAAAUUAACCAUUAAUAAUUCUAAACAAGCCUCUUACAGCUACAUGUGUAGCAUUACUUCAGAAGAAUUAACUUUUUCUUGAGAUUAAAAGUAUGAGAUUUGAACCUGGAAUUAUAUAUCAGGACCAAAUCUUCUUUAUUUGAAUGUUAUUAUUCUAUGGCCAAAAAUCAUAUCCAUUGGAGCUGCUUUGGGAAAAGGGGGCAUAAUACAUUUGUCUGCACAGGCGUAUCAAGGACGACCUUCUCCACCUAGACUAGAUUUUUUUUCGAACAAACAUUUUAACUUUUGUCUUUCAUGAUAAGCCUGUAUGGACCACACUUGUUGUUAUGCAUUUAUCUCUGUAUUCCCAGAGACUGGCACACUUGUUGUUAUGCAUUUAUCUCUGUAUUCCCAGAGACUAGCUCGUGUUGUAGUUUGUUUGUUGUUAAUGGGUCAUACAUGACACAAUAAGUGUGCCACAUCAUGCAAAAACGGAUCUUAUUUGGCAAGCAUAGUUCCAAACCAGCCGUGAUAUCGGGCAGUUUGGCCAGGGGUACAAGUCUGCAUACAAGUCCGCAUACAAGUCCGCUUACAAGUCCGCAUACAAGUUACCCAUAGUUUUCGGAAAGGCAGAUGCAGAGGCUGGGUUGGAGCUACGCUGAACGCAAAUGACAUCAUGUAAGAUCCACUUUUGCAUGAGGCGGGUCAUAUUUUGACAUAAAUAGCAGCUUAAGAGAUUUUUUGUGUAUUUGAGUUUUUAUUUUGAACAUUUUCUCCUGCAUAUAUGUAGGCAUGAAAACAGAAGUUGUUUUGCGACAUAUGUAUAUCACUGCAUGCACCUUCUAAUGAAAUGAAUACUUAAUAAAAAUUCCAUGAAUGUUAGCAAAUCUUACACUUGGCUGAUUGUUUUGAAUUUAGUUCGGGUCUUAUACAGUCAUUGACAAUAUAAUAUAAGAAAAAAUAGGUUGUUAGUGCGUGAAAUCUAUAUUAGUUUACAGUGUAUAUGUGGCUCACACUCUGGCAAUUUGGCAAUUUACAUUAUGUAAACUCAAUUAUUUUAUUUUAAAUGUUGAUCACUAACUUCUUUACCUAAUUGAACAUGAUUUGUGAAUUUGUUUUAUUCAUAAAAUACCAGUAUCUUAUGAAGACUAUUUAACUUGCCUUGUUCUGUUGGAAAUUGAAGCUAUCCGUAUAUGAAGGUGCUUGUUUAUAUGUACAUACAAACUCCAGUUUAUCUCUGUUAUAAGUAUUAUUUAAACAUCCAUAAACAUUUUAUAAUCAAUAUCACAGUAACGUCUACACAUAGCUCAAUAUUAUAUUAUAUGGUACAAUAUAUAUAUAUAUACUCACAGGCAUUUCUUAUGCAUUUAUCUGAUUUAUCAUUAAUUUCUUGAAUAAUUGUAAAUAGAGUUGGUCAAAAUUCCGAAUAUAACCUAUUUAAUCAUAAUAAAAUAUCUCCCUGAAAGUUUUAGUUGAAAAUAUAAUUAAUGAGAAAUAUCACUCGAAAAAUAAAGUCACAAAAUGACCGAUAUUAUUAAUGAUAUAACUUUCAAUGAAAAUCAUAGUUAAUCUCAAUGGAAUGUGCGUUACACAAGCAUUUAGUUUUGGUUUCUCAGUAUCAUUAUUCCAUCAGAUUGCUUUGCAACAGAUUGACACAUACAUUUCACCGGGAACCAAUAAUAUAGGCAAAAUGCAGAUGCAAAAUUUAACAAUUCUCAAGGGUCCUGUGGGCUACAAAGAUUUGUAGGUUACCACCAAUGUGCAACAUGUCAAAAAUGUCUGAUACAUUUUCAAUUGGUAAAUUUUUAUGACUGUUAUGUGGACCUUAUGCAACAAAUGCGUUGCUAGUGCGCUUUCAUCUCCUUUCCUUUUUAUCAACUUAAAGAACCCUUUUUUAUUCCCCCGGAUCAAAAGAUCAGGGUUUAUUGGUUUUUGCCUGUCUGUCAUUGUAUGUGUGUGUCAGAGUGUCUGUCCCAAAACUUAAACCUUGGUCAUAACUUUUGCAAUAUUGAAGAUAACAGCUUGAUAUUUGGCAUGCAUGUGUAUCUCAUGGAGCUGCAGAUUUUGAGUGGUGAAAGGUAAAGGUCAUCCUUCAAGGUCAAAGGUCAAAUAUAUGGGCUUCAAAGCAGCGCAUUAGGGGGCAUUGUGUUUCUGACAAACACAUCUCUUGUUUGUCCUUAAAAAAGAAUAAAAUAUGCAAAAGAAAAACCAUUGUUUACUGCCAUUUGGCCGUGCAGCACGAGGAAACCAAUCCCACACUUUUUCCAGCAGUGAUACAUGGAUGAUUGCUGUUAAUGCAGUUUAGUACAAAUCAUCUCCAAAGAACAGUGUGCAUAAUUUCAAAAUGACAUCUUGAACUGCGUUUGAGAAAUUAGUAUUAUAAAAGUAAUGUGUUUGAAGUGCCUGUGUGUGUGUACACUGUAACUAUUAAACAUAUAGCAACUUAGUGGAUAGCUCUUCUCUCACAUAUUCACACAUGUUAAUCAAAUAAACAUUGUUCCUGCUAAGCUGGAAAUAGAAAUUUUAUUGCAUAAAUGUUACAAAUAUUGCAAAAAAUGGGCAAGUUACGAUUUAUCGCACACAUACAAUUAUUGGUUCACGUCCUCGUAUCAAGUGGGGAAAAAAAAAAUGAUGGAAAAAAAUUGAAAAAAAAAUCCUAAAUUGUGAUCUUUCAGAAAGAUUUAUAUUUCAAUGAGCAUUUGUUAGAUGAUAUUUUUCCAUGGAAAGUACAUAGUUACAGUUGUGUAAUGCAGCUUUUCACAUAGAAGAUAUCUUGUUCCAAAUAAUUUAAUAUUUCAGUUAUAUACCAAGCAUAUAAAUGUUCGUUUUUAAUAAAAUGCCUGUGUAACAUCCAUUUAUAUUUCAUGUCUUGAACUCUUGUUUUAGUUACAAUAUAUUUUGUUAUCCCUAAGUACAUAAUACCUCAAAGAUUUUUAGACAAAAGUGCUCAUCGGUUAUGUUGGAAAAGUAAUUCAAACAUAUCUUAUUGCAUGUUGCAAUUAUUUAUUUGACUUGUUAAGUUUGACAUUGUUUCUACUAUCAAGAACACUGUUUCCCAUCAAUCUUACAGACAUAUACAUUGUACUGCAUUUUGUGUAAAAACUGAGUCAUGUAACGGUAAAUUGAACUGCAUUCUUGCAAAACAGGGUUUAAUUUACAUGUUGGCGUAGGCUAAUCAGGGGCAACACUUGCCGCUUUUGUGGUAUUUUUUGCUAAAAGGAAGUCUCUUCUUAGAAAAAAUCCAUUUUAAGCAGAAAUUGUCGUCUCUGAUUUGUAUUGCAGCUUGUAACUAUGAGUAUCAGUGAGAAUCAAGCAACAUUAAAGUUGUCGUUCUUAAGGUUUCUUCUGAAAGCACAUUAUGUCAAUUAAAAUUAAAAUAUACAUUCCUGUUUUGAAAGUUUGUGAAAUGCAGCUUAUAUCAUUGGCAGAUACCCAGGAUAACUCAUAAAGAAUUAAUUGAGAGGAGUGCCGUAUGUAGUGGUCUUAUUUGUGUCUGUCAGUAUCUGACAAUACAAUUACUUGCUUAGUAAAACGGUCAAACCAAGGAUUGUUUUGAAUAAUGUUCAAACAGAACUUACACAGUAUUACAUACUUGUUGUCAGUCCAAUUUUAAUUUGGUCCAGCCAGUAUGUUCAAAAUUGCUCUCUGUGUUGUGUACAGUAUAAAGUCAGUGUCUGUGAAAGCAGAUCUGGCCAACGCGACUCCUGUAUUUAACUCAUUUUGUUUCAAGGCGUCCUUGAUCUGUCUGCAUGCAUUCUUCAUGUUUCUGUUGUUUUUGUUGAACAAACCAUUUGCUCACACCCUCUAUCUGUUGUAAUGUUAUAUCAGCUCUUGUUAGCAGUAUCUAAGUGCAAUCUUCUCAUGUUCAUGUACAUGUACUGACAUACUUUUUAUUACUACAUUAAAGGUAUUUUACUACA